AUCCGUUACAUCCCUAAUGUUCAUAACAAAUGGUAGUUGGUACAUGAAAACUAGCAACCUUUAUUAAUUUUUUAUUCUUCCAAUUUGGUUUUGGUUUACCUUUGUCGUAGUAACUUGUAAAAAUAGGUUUUUGCAGCAGAGUGAAGAAGGUUGCGGUGGUAGAGAAAGGAACAUCCAUGGAGAAGAAAACGACACCGUAUCUUCCAUCUGAAUUGAUAACUGAAAUCCUUCUCAGGUUGCCAGUGAAGUAUCUAAUACGUUUCAAAACCGUUUGUAAGUCAUGGUUUACUCUAAUCUCUAAUCCCAAUUUCGCAAAUUCUAAUUUUCAACUUGCCGCAACACAAACUCGUAGAGUUCUCUCAAUUUCAGCUAUACCUCGUCAAAUUCGUUCCAUAGAUUUCCAAGCAUUGCUUAACAAUCAUUCUGCUUCACCAAACCCUAAUUUAUCAAUUCCCAUACCUCAUUUUUAUCUUCAAAUUAGAGGUUCAUGUAGAGGCUUUAUAUUUUUGAACUGUGCUAUAUACAAUUUGAUUUGGAAUCCAUCCACUGGAUUUUGCAAAAAGUUACCUUUGUCUGAUGUUAAUUACAAUUUUGCAAAUACUCGUUAUUUAUAUGGUUUUGGGUAUGAUCAGUCAAAAGAUGAUUACUUGUUGGUUUCCUUGUCCUACAAUGAUAGUCGCGUAGGUGAUCAUUCGUCGCAUUUGCAGAUUUUCUCCAUUAGAGAUAAUACAUGGAAACAAAUUGAGGAUCCUCCGUCCCGUUAUAAGAGUGACUAUAAUUUUUCCAAAGUAGGGUUGUUCUUCAAUGGGGCUAUUCAUUGGUUUCUUUAUCGUCGUUAUUCAUCGGUGAAUGUUAUCGUUGCCUUUGAUUUAAUGGAAAGGAAACUGUUAGAGAUGCUUCUUCCGGAUGCUUUUAUACCUUAUCUUGCGGACCUUGAUUUGUGGGUAUUUGGAGAAUUUCUCAGUCUAUGUGCUAUCAGGAAUGGUAUAGUUGAAAUAUGGGUGAUGAGAGAAUACAAAGUGCAUUCGUCUUGGACUAAGACUCUUGUUUUUCCUAUUGGCGCCGUUCCUUAUUUUUCCCCUAUAUACUCUACAAAAAAUGGUGAUAUUAUUGGAACAAUUGGUGGUACUGGAUUGGUGAAGUAUAAUGGUCAAGGACGGUUGUUAGGGCAUUGCUCCUACUGCGAAGAUCCACGUGGAUCCCAAGUGAUCAUGUAUACUGAGUCUCUACUCUCGCUCCCUGACGACAAUAAGCAAGUGUAAGUAGACGACACAAACAAGAAGAAUGAGGAUACAAUGAACAACCCUGAAGCAUCGUCAUCAAAUGACUCAACAAUUUGGAAGGCAGUUUGGAAGAUAAAUGCUCCUCACGUGUGAAGAAUUUUCUCUGGAGACUGGCCCGUGAUAUCCUACCAACCAGAUGCAGAUUGAGUAAAAAAGGUUUGAAUUUAGAUACAAUUGGUCCUCUUUGUUUUGAAGCUGAAGAAAAUAAGGAACAUGUUUUUUUGCGAUGCAAAUUGGCCCAACUAACUUGGUUCAGUUCAAACCUUGGCCUCCAUGUGCCUCCUCAUCUUUCUUUAAAUGAUUGGAUGGCUGAUUGGUUAUUGAAAAAAGACCAUCUAGCUUCUCAAUUAUUUGGUGGAAAAUAUGGCAGGGUAGGGACCCUUUGAUUUUCCAAAAAAAAUCCUUUCAAUCCACUGCAAAUAGCCUCUAGUGCUGCCGAUUAUACUGAGGAAUUUAAUUGUGCUAAUCGAACUGUCGAUGUGGUGGUGAAUCCAGCCAGUACUAUUGUUGAAACCUGGAGCCCUCCCCCUAAUGGUAUGUUAAAAUUGAAUGUUGAUGCCGGCUGCUAUAAUGAUGGUUAUUUUAGUUUUGGUAUGGUUAUUAGAGAUAAUAGAGGGAUUGUUCAGUUUGCAGCAACUAAGCGUGAAAGAAGGAAAGUGUCCCCUACCUUAGCAGAGGCAAUGGCUCUCCGUUGGUGUCUCCAAUGGCUUUUAUCUUCAGACAAAGAUGGACAGUUCAUAGUGGAAACAGAUGCUGAAGUAGUAGUGAAAUGUUUGCAAGGCUUUACACGUUUGUCUGAGAUUGAGAACAUAUAAUCCUUGACUGUAAUGAUAUCUUGUCAAGUCUUAACAAUUGUAAUGUUGUUUUUAUUAGGAGAAGCAAAAAUAUUGUUGCUCACAAUUUGGUAGGAUUUGCAAAACAAUGUGGUUCUAGCUCUUGGGUGGGUUAUGUCCCAGAGCCUGUAGCCUCUUAUGUAAUAAUUUCUGAUUUGCUUUCUAUUAAUUUAAUUCAAUGCAUGUU